AUGCUUACAUGCACGUCUGAUUUGCGGCAUGGCAGCGCCGGCGGUGGCAGCGGUGCUGGUGUCGGUGCUGGCGGUGGUGUGUUCGGUGGAGGCAUGGCCGUUGGCGCUUAUUCAAGCAAUAAUUAUUGCAACAGUCUCAUGGCGCGCCGUCGUGGUUCCAGAUCGUUGAAAAUCAACGAUAGCAUGGAAUCGAUUCGGCAUACACCGGAUUCGGACGCGAAUAGUCAAAGUAGCACAAUCAAAUCGACGGGCAGCAGCGCACACAACAACGCCAGCAACAACAGCAAUGGUCUGCAGCAAAGCGCUAUGCUCGGCGGCACAAGCAACUUCGGUUUCAUUGGCGUGGGCAGCACAGCCGGCAGCGGCAGUGGCAACUCGAGUGGCAGCGCCGGCAAUGGCAGUGGCAAGUAUCUGCUGAGCGAACAGUGCGAUAUGACGCCUUCACCGUCCGACUCGGGCAUAUCAGACUUGGAAGCGGCGCUUAAGGAUCGCGAUUCGGAACUCUCCUAUUUACGCCAAACAAUGGAGCACAAUGAGAAAGACAAAGAGAACUUCUGGGAGCAGGAGACAAAGCGUCUGAAGACAUUCUAUGAGGCUCAGCAACGUGAAUAUUUAUUGAAAAUGAAGAAAAUGGAGCAAAUGCUGGCCAUGCAACAAUUCCAGUUCAAACAGCACAAGUUGCGGCAUACAGAUCAAUCGAAUAAGCUGCGGGAGCAGGUGGCCGAUUUGAAGAAUGAAAAUGAGAUUCUGAGAAGUGUUACAGAUUUGAAAUUCCUGUGGCCUGUAUUGCAUCACUCCUCGCCACCCAUUAGCGGUGUUGUCACAGUUUGUGGCAACACAUGUCGCAGUGAUUCGCACAGAUGGAAGCUGUUGACCCAACAAGUGGCUGCUGUGCUCAUAUUUUUCUCCUAG